AGCAAAUAUGGCGGACGCUAGGAAAGUAUUUGUCACUGUGGGAACAACGAGUUUUGAUCGCUUAAUUGAAACAGUCUCUAGCAAAGCAUUUCUUGAGCUGUUUGAAAAACUAGGCUAUGGUUCUGUCGUUCUACAAAUAGGAAGAGGUGUUUUUGAACCAGAUAUCAUAGAUAAGAAGAAUUUAUCAAUGCAAUACUACCGAUAUAAAGAUUCAAUAGCAGAAGAUAUACAAAGCGCUUCACUUGUGAUCAGUCAUGCUGGGGCUGGAAGUGUUUUAGAAACUUUACAAGCAGGCCGACCACUAAUUGUUGUAAUAAAUGAACUUCUGAUGGAUAAUCACCAGUUGGAGUUAGCAAGUCAACUUGCUGAAGAUGGUCAUUUAUCUUAUGCUACCUGUGGCACUCUAGAAUCGAUCAUUAGAGAACAGAAUUUUUCCAAACUGAAGCACUUUCCUUCUGGCAAACCUGAAUUGUUUUCGAUGUUCUUGGACAAGGUCAUGGGAUUUGAUGAUUCCUGACAAAGUGCUUCCAUGGAAAAUACCCAGUGGCACUGUGAAAACCAAUUAAUGGUUUCUCUAGGAAUUGAUGCUUGUAAUGAUUGAAUCAGUUGUGAGUUGUUGUCCAUUGCCACUUGAAGGAAUUGAAGAAAAUGUUCGACAAUUUUUAAAAACAUGUUUUGACAGUUCCUCUUUCAUCUUCAGUUCUGAUUGAUACAAAAUACAAAGUUGAAUUUAAAGUGUAUAACAAAAUGCUUAUUGGACAAAACACAAUAGAAACAAAACAAUGUAACUAUACAAUUACAAGGAAAGUUUGAAAUUAACAUGAUAAAGUUGAUAAUUAAGUGUAGGUUGCUCUCAUUCAACUUUGUACUUUGUAUAAAUCAGAACUGAAGAUGGCAGAAGAACUGUCAAAACGCAUUUUAAAAAUUGUUGUUUAUUUUCUUAAAUUUGUGACAUAUCUGCUGCUUUCCAGACCACUUGAAGGAACAUUUGAAAAUCACACCAAUUUCCUUAAACGUUUUUUAAUGUCAUAAAAUACAGAAUAUAACUAGGAGUGAUAAGCUGAUAAGGUAUUAUGAUAUUCAUGACAAAAAGCUGUAAAAGUACUGUGUUUAAUAACAUAGCUCAAGGAUAUUACAUAGUGGAAUGGAAAAGACAAGGGUUGUCUCGUUGAGAAGGAAAAGCAUUGAGCUUAUUUGACAAAUGAGCCUAAAAUGGUCUGAUAAGAAGCAAGUUUAUUACUGAUCCCAAUCUGUUUGUGUUUUCCAGUUUUGUGUGGUGUAUGAUGAUAAAUUUUGCAUUUACUAUUGACACAGUUACAAAUGAUGCUUUUUUUUGUAAAGCUGCUUUGGACAGAGAGAGAUGUAUACUUUCAGAUAAAAUGUGUGUCAUGGUUACAGUUCUUACAGUAAACUACACCCACCUGGGGAUUUCCUUGUUUUGCUCAGUCCCCUCACUUCACUGGGUGGUGGUGAGGCUGGGGACCGGUCAUUAUUUUUUGGGUUCAACAUUAACUUCACAAACACACACUUUGAGUGGAGCUACUGCAUUUAAUGAUUAUACAAGUAGGAUAUCAACAUAUUCUUGACCAAACUUUGUUACACGAUUUCUGAUAUUAACUAAACCUCUGCAAUUCUAAGAGUUAGGAAACGUUUACGUAUCCGUUCAUAUCUAAUUGCGCAGAUAACCCAAACCAAAGACUACGCACGUGAACAGAAUGAGAAUGCUGACUUGAACUCCUGCGGAUGAGUUACAGAGGUCUUCAGUGCAGCACUUCAUGUGACAUUUGACAUUUUUAACCCCAGAAGAUUUUAUAUUUUUACACAUUAGAUCAUUCUGGUCUGUACACUGCGCGGCAGUAGUGCAGCCUUUUCCGUAAGUCUUGACUGUUUGUGAAUUGAUAUCAUAGAAGAUUUCUCCUCUGUAGCAUCGAUCAAAUCCAGAAGUGCAGUCCACUUUUUCGUUUUCAGAGCAGUCAUCAAACGACUCAGAGCUGGCACAGUUGUAGCAUCUCAGCCCAAAAACUGUAUCAAACAAAUGAAAUCAAGAAGGAUCAACACGUAUCUCAGCGUUAUUGGGGGAGAAAGGGAAACGUUUUUCCCCUAGCCAAUGUCAAUUAAUCUUGUUCACAAAGUAACGAAUGAAGAACAGGGAAUGAUGAAUGGAAAGUAAAGGGUUAUUUCAUGCUGUUUGUUUGACAGAUGACGACCACAAACUUUAAAACGCCCGUAUAGAGUUGUCGCUCUGCUUUUUAAACCUUAUUUUUCAUAGGCGCUCUCGUUGCCAUCGCCAGCUUGUUUGGUUUAGUUUCCUGAGUAUUUAAACAA